AUGCAAUCAGUUGGCAACGGCUCUAUCGCUCUAGUUUCGAAAAAUGCAAUGAAUUCAACGACCACAUUUACGGGUUGGAUGGCAUGCCCAUGGAAAUAUAUCAACGGUGUGGGUUCGGGUCGAUAUGUUAGCAGCAAGCCAGAUAGAAUUACCAGAUAUGAUCUUCUCAAAGCUGCGCAUGAGACAGAAAUGAAGGAACUGCUUACGGGAAGUGGUUUGAAGGCCAAGAAUAAAACAAAAAAAAGCACCAAAGUAACAUUGGAGACUAUAAGCGAAGAAAACUCUUCGAAUGAAAGCUUUUUCUAA